CAGCAGAGCUCAGUAUGCCCGGCUCCUCUGGUGUUCUCCCCAGUGACCUCCCCAGAAGCCCUGUGGCCAUGACACAGCUGCUUCUGCUCAUUGUGGCUCUCCUGGCCCUGGGUCAUAUGCCUCCAGGGAGAAGUGAAUUUAAGCGGUGCUGGAAGGGCCAGGGGGCCUGCCGGACUUACUGUACAAGGCAAGAAACCUACAUGCACAUGUGCCCAGACGCCUCUCUGUGCUGCCUCGCCUAUGGAACCAGGCCUCUGGCCUCCAAGCCUGCAUAUGUGUAGCUGGUUCUGGGGCUUGUACCCUUGCUCUC